AUCCUUUUCCUCAUUCCUUAGCCAUUUUGUUAAAGCAAUACGGAAACUCCAAUAAUUUCUCAAUCAAUUGAAAUCUUCUCCAAUACUCUUCAAUCAAUCUUUAAAACCUCAUUUAAAUUUCAUAUAUCUUGCGUGUUCCAUCGUUCCAUCUCUCUGUUGAUGUAUCUUAUGUUUUCAAUUUCAAACAAUAGCUAAUGAUUCUAUGAUGAUUCUUCGACUGCCUUGCUGCUCCUCCGAAGAUCUCCAAUCUCUUCCAGCUGGGAUUUGCGGUUCACGCUUAGUGGCUUUUGAGUCAAUUAACGAAACCUGUGAAUUAUGGAUGUUGAGAAUGAAAAUUGCUGGGAAAAAUCUAAGAAGGAUUCAUGGAGGAUGACACGGCUAUUAGCUUAUCAAAGUCUCAGUGUAGUCUACGGUGACCUCAGCAGGUCUCCGCUUUACGUUUAGCAAAGCACAUUUGCCGAAGAUAUUGAGCUCUCACAAACAAAUGAAGAGAUUUUCUGCGUACUUUCAUUCGUUUUCUGGACUUUGACACUCGUGCCGCUUUGCAAAUACGUGUUCAUAGUUCUGAGAGACGGAGACAAUGGUGAAGGUGGUACAUUUGCACUUUAUUCCUCAAUAUGACGGCAUGCUAAAGUAAGCCUGUUACCAAACAGACAGUCCUACAGACUCGUUGCUGAUGAAUCGUUAUCUACGUAUAAGUUGGAGCAAUUGCCCAAUAGGGAAUAUAAUUCGAAAGUGAGAAUGUUGCUUGAAAAGUAUAAUUUUUUGCAUACAACCUUACUUAUCUUGGUUCUUCCUGGCACUUGUAUGGUAAUCGGAGACGGAGUUCUAACUCCCGUCAUAUCGGGCUCCGAACAAUGUUUACGGCUCUUGGCCACUUCUCUUACGCUGCAAUCCAGAAAGCUUGAGGUGGCCAAUGCUUGCAAUAGCCAUUGUCGCUUCGGUUGUCAGAAGCCAAGCAAUCAUCAGCGGAACGUUCUCGAUCAUAAAACAAAGUCAAUCGCUCGGUUAUUUUCCGAGAGUAAAAGUCGUGCAUACUUCCGACAAGAUUCACGGUCAAAUCUACAUACUCGAGAUCAACUGGAUACUCAUAAUCUUAUGCAUUGCUAUCACUAUCGGUUUUCGAUACAUCAAGCACAUGGGAAAUGCAUCAGUUUCAUUGCAGGAUUGGCAGAAAUGGCGGUAAUGCUGGUGACGACCUGCCUUACGUCUUUAGCAAUCAUACUUUGUUGGCAUAAACAACCAAUUAUCGCUCUUUAUUAUUUGCUAUUCUUCGGGGCAAUAGAACUACUCUACUUCUCGGCUGGAGCUGGUACAAAUUAUUAUGUUGGGUUAGGAAAUCCAGUUUUGGAGGUUGCAACUGAUUUAAACUCGCGGGCCGAGUUUUUUUGGUCUCAUGGUCUUAUAUCGGAUUCGACAUACAAAUUGUUCACUUCUGCAUGUAAUUAUUCGCGCUAUGUGAUUGAAUAUUAUAGAGAUUCGGUCUCUCCAAUAUGCGCAAAAGUUUAUAGUGAAGUAAGCCGCGAAACCAGUAGAUUCGUGGACAAAUAUGAUGUCACUCUUGAUGUUUGUAUUCCGUCGGUACUCUCACAGUCCAAGAUCAUUGUUCCUCAGCAAGUAAGCGAAAGGGUCGAUGUUUGUGUGGAAGAUGAAACCGUUAACUAUAUUAACCGAUGCGAUGUCCAUAGAGUGUUGCAUGCGCGUUUGGUUGGAGUAUGGAAAUGGGAUGUUUGUAGCAAGCGGAGGAGUUCAGAGAGAAUUGAGAGCAUGAAUGGAUAGAAUCUUUAAAUGAUGUAUGCAUGAAGCUUGGAUGUAUAGUUUUUCAUUUUUAUGUAAUCAUAUUUGAAACAUAUAAUCUGUCCUAGCUUUGGUAAUCAUAUUUGGAUAUUUGAAUAAACAAAUUUUGCUUCUUAUUUAUCCAAUUAUUCAAGGGAAAUAUAUCUUAA